GCGUUCGAGGGCAAGGAAGAACAGAUGACAAUGGGUUAAUAAACGUCUAUCUCCUCCUAAUGGGAGUACUGGCUGACCGGGGUUGAUCGAUCGCAGUAAUGGAUCUGUUGGAGGAGAAGGGUUUCGUCCCUGAAGAGUUCAUCGAUUCAGAAACCUCGUGGUUUUAUAACUCGUUGGGAAUUGAUGACAUGUACUUCAAGCACGAAACAGCAGAGGCCAUUACCAACCACGUCCUCUCGUUGUACGCUGGAAAGAUUGAGGCGUUUGCUCGCGCAGACAAUCGCCUGACGAUCCGUCUGGAUAGAGAGCAUGAGGACCACGCGGUCUACAUCGAUACUUCUACCCCCGGUGUCUCGGUGCUCCAGGGCCCGCAGUACGAACAGCGGAUCGAUGAGAAAUACCUCAACGUAUCGAAUCCGGAGAAGGCGUACCGUGUCGAGACGUUCAGGUCAUCGUCCCCGCUGGUGAGCGGUUCCGACACAGACGAGCGCCUGCGUUGUUACUUCGUCUAUCAGUGCGACUUCGUGAACCCUACGCCCGACAAGGAAGAGACGGACCUGGCGGUUGUGUCGGACAAGAUCUUCCUCCAGAAGGUCACGCCCAAUACCAAGAAAAUUUACCAGGACAUCGUGACGGCCGUGAUCGAGCGACGGACCGGACCGGUGAUCAAGGUAUUCGAGAUCGAGAACACCCCCGAGAAGCGGCUUGUCAUAGGAUACAAGCAAGGUAGCACUAUGGGCCUGUUCUCGGCAUUGAGUGAUCUCUACCAUUACUACGGAUGCACGUCGGCCCGCAAGUACGUCGAGCAGUUCUCGAACGGGGUCACCGUCAUGUCCAUGUACCUUCGACCUCUCCCCGGCUCGCAGGCUCGCCACGCAAGACACCCGCCCAUCGAAGACUCGAUCCAGCAGAUCAUGAAGGAGGUCAGCUUGCUGUACUGCAUCCCGCAGAAUAAAUUCCAACACCACUUCAUCCGUGGUCAGUUGAGUCUUCAGGAGACCAUGUACGCUCACUGCGUCUCCCUCUUUGUUAGCCACUUUCUCAAUAGGCUCGGCUCCGAGUACGCUGAGCUAUCGAAGCUGCUGGACAACAACAACAGCUCGCACGCCGAGAUACUGUCCACCAUGAAGCGUCGUCUCCGUCAGGAGACCUUCACGGCCGAUUACAUUUACGACGUGAUAAACGACCACCCGGAUCUCAUCUGCUCCUUGUACCUAUCAUUCGCCAAUACGCACUAUGUGCAGGUGAAGGGCGAGAAUGAUAAUUUCCUGCCUACGCUGAGCUACCAGCGCAUCCGGAUGGGUCGGAUCCUGAACAAUGAAGAACUGAAGGAGAAGAUUGAUUCUGCUGUCGCCAACGAAAAUCAGCAAAAAAUCAUGUAUCAGUUUAUAACGUUUAACUCACACGUGUUGAAGACUAACUUCUACACGCCCACCAAGAUGGCUCUCAGUUUCCGCAUGAGUCCUGGAUUCUUGCCCGUCGGCGAGUACCCCCAGCCUCUCUUUGGAAUGUUCAUGGUUGUCGGAUCCGAGUUCCGCGGUUUCCAUCUGCGCUUCAGGGACAUCGCCCGUGGAGGAAUCCGUCUCGUCCACAGCAGGAACAAGGAGCACUGGUCCAUCAACGCGCGCUCUGUCUUCGACGAGAACUACAACCUUGCGAACACUCAGCAGCGCAAGAACAAGGACAUCCCCGAGGGCGGCAGCAAGGGUGUCAUCCUUCUCGAUCCCGAGCACCAGGACAAGCCCAAAGUCGCUUUCCAGAAGUACAUCGACUCGAUCCUCGAUCUUUUACUUCCUCCUCGCAGCCCCGGUAUCAAGGAUCCCAUCGUCGAUCUUCAUGCCCAGCCCGAGAUCCUUUUCAUGGGUCCCGACGAGGGUACGGCUGGACUGGUUGACUGGGCGACGGAGCACGCAAAGGCUCGUGGCGCUCCCUGGUGGAAGUCGUUCUUCACUGGCAAGAGCACCAAGUUGGGAGGCAUUCCCCACGAUGAGUACGGAAUGACCACUCUGAGUGUCCGAGAAUACGUCAAUGGCAUCUAUAGGAAGUUGAACAUUGACCCCUCGAAGGUCCGCAAGCUUCAGACUGGUGGUCCAGAUGGCGAUUUGGGAUCCAACGAGAUCUUGUUGAGUAACGAGAUGUACAUUGCUAUCGUUGACGGAUCCGGUGUCAUCGUUGACACGCAAGGUCUCGACAGGGAGGAGCUUGUGCGUCUGGCGAAGGCCAGAAAAACCAUCUCGAGCUUUGACGAUACCAAGCUGUCCGCCGAGGGUUACCGUGUUCUCGUCGAGGACAACAACAUCAAGCUUCCCAACGGCGAGAUGGUCACCAAUGGUACGAUCUUCCGGAACACCUUCCACCUCCGUACCGAUAUCAAGUACGACAUCAUGGUUCCCUGCGGAGGACGGCCCGAGGCCAUUGAUCUUAACAAGGUUGGAUGUCUGGUUAAGAACGGCGAGACCACGAUUCCGUACAUCGUCGAGGGUGCCAACCUGUUCAUUACCCAGGAGGCCAAGCUGUACCUCGAGAAGGCUGGCUGCAUUCUGUACAAGGAUGCCAGCGCCAACAAGGGAGGUGUGACCAGUUCAUCCCUCGAGGUCCUCGCUUCCUUGGCCUUUGACGAGCAGGGCUUCGCCGAGCACAUGUGCGUUAGCGACGCCGGUCUCCCCGAGUUCUACAAGGAGUACGUCAAGUCGGUCCAGGCAACCAUUCAGAACAAUGCGCGUUUAGAGUUCGAGGCGAUCUGGCGCGAACACGAGCAGACUGCGAAGCCCCGCUCGCUGAUUUCAGACGAGCUCUCCGUAGCCAUCACCAAGCUCGAUGAGGAGCUCCAGAAGACUGAUCUGUGGAAUAACGUGCCGCUGCGGACCAGCAUCCUUGAGGAUGCGCUGCCCCACCUGCUGGUCAAGCAAAUUGGCUUGGAUACCAUCCUCGAGAGGGUGCCGGCCAACUACCUGAAGGCAAUCUUCGGAAGCUAUCUGGCUUCCAGGUUUGUUUAUGAGUACGGCUCGAGUCCUAGCCAGUUCUCCUUCUUUGAUUUGUAUGUUCCCCUUCUCCGAUCCCAUCAUGAGUACACGUGCUAACGAGUGACUACAGCAUGUCGAAGAAGCUCAAGACCAUUGAGCAGUAGAGCGGUGCCGGCGUACAUGAUGAUUUCCUGUUGUUCUAAAUUUGGGUCUUGCUGGGUAUGGAUGCGAGGGGGUUUCCGGAGUUUUUUUUCUUUCCAUUUUCUAUUUCUUUUCCGA